CAAUGCAUGGCAUGAAUGUGAGGAUCAUAUCAUAUGAACAACAAAAAUAACAUUUCGUCUGAAAUGAUGGCAUCAAAUGUGAUGAUUACGGAUAUAUUGGAUGAAUUGAAUGAAGAAAAUCAAAGACUAUUGUCUGAACUGAGAUAUUGUCAGCAAUUGAGGGAAAUGUUUGAUAAAUACAGAAAUUUAGUGAAUAGUUUGCAAACAAAUUGUGUUUGUAUUGAAAACAAUGAAUUGAAAACACAAUUCAAUGAAAUGAAUGUCCAAUACAUUGAACUCAAGACUAGAUAUACAACUGAUGACAGACUGAUUGUCCAGAAAAGUGAUGACAAAACUAAUGAUCAAUUGAUAGACAGACCAUCGAUUAAGAGACAAAAUAUUAUUAAACGUAUGAUUAAGGAGAAGAAGACAGUUAAUCAAGACAUUAAAGAUGACUAUUGCGAUAAAGAUGAAGACAUUGAUGACUUACCAGAUGGUGAUUACAAUGUAAUCAUUGACAACGACAGUGAAAACAACGACAAUAUUUCUAGUAAUAAUAAUAAUAAUACUAACAAAUCUAGUGAUCAAUUGUUAGACAGACCACGGAUUAAGAGACAGUGUGUUAUACUUAAGAAGUCCGUUAAUGAAGACAUUGAUGACGAAGAAGACAACUUACGCGAUGGUGAUUACAAAGCAACCAUUGAAGACGACGACGACGACAACAACAGUAUAUCCAGUGAAGAUAAUAAUAGUCUAACUGUGAAAAUACCGGCGAAGAAGACGACGACGACUACUACGACAAAGAAGAAAAGGAUACGAAAACCACGAAUAGGAGUUUGCGAGAAGAAAUUGAUCUGCAAAUGGGAAGAUUGUGGCAAACGAUUUAGCUAUAACUAUGAACUGGUAUCGCAUACACGGGUCAAACAUACUGGCGAACGGCCAUUCAAGUGCCACGAAUGUGACAAAACAUAUGCCUCCGAUAUCUAUCGGACGGCUCACAUCAAGAAGUGUCACACAAUCAAGAAAUUCAAAUGCGAUUACGAUGGCUGUAACCGAUCGUUUUUUGUGGCCCAAGCACUGGAAACACAUCGGUUCCAACACCAGGGACUCAAACCGUUUAAAUGUGAUGCCGAUGGUUGCGAUCAAUGUUUUGGCACUAAUAAUACAUUGCGUCUACAUAGACAAUCGGUUCACGAAGGUAUAGCCUAUCCGUGCGAUUGGCCCGGUUGUGACAGAGUGUUUACGCUAAAGCACCGGCUGAAAGAACAUCAGGAACGACACGCUCAGGUACUUAAGUACAAGUGUCCGCUGGAUGAAUGCGACCGAAUGUUUGCCACCAAACACGGCGCCUACAAACACAAGUUUAAACACUUUAAACCCAUACAGUGUGUAUGGCCCGGCUGUGAGACCAGAUUUUCUAGAAAUGAUAAAAUGACAGAUCAUAUGAACGCACAUCAGGGACUCAAACCCCAUAAAUGCCAUUUUCCCGGCUGUGAUGCCAGCUAUAGUGGUCGCCGGACACUUCAAUUUCAUUUGAAAAGAACACAUAGAUAUAUGAAAUCAACCGAAAGAGUUUGGUUGAACCCCGAAAGGUUGGGAAUUAAAAUGAUGGCAAAUGUGGUGAUUAUGGAUGUAUUGGAAGAGUUAAGUGAAGAAAAUCAAAGACUAUUGUCUGAAUUGAUAUAUUGUCAGCAAUUGAGGGAAAUGUUUGAUAAAUACAAACAUUUAGUAAAUAGUUUGCAAACAAAUUGUGUUUGUAUUGAAAACAAUGAAUUGAAAACACAAUUCAAUGAAAUCGAUGUCAAAUACAUUGAACUCAAGACUAGAUAUACAAGUGAUGACAGACUGAAAGCAAAGAAAAAUGAUGACAAAUCUAGUGAUGAAUUGUUAGACAGACCGCGGAUUAAGAGACGGAAUAUUAUUAAACGUAAGAUUAAGACAACAAGUGGUCAUCAAAUAAUUAAAUCAAAUAUAAAGACAAAUAAGAAAAUAAAGAUUAGUUAUAAAUGUCAUCACUUGGAUUGUGGCCAACAGUUUAGUUACAAUUAUCUGCUUAGUUCACACUUACGGAUCAAACACAAUGAUCAACGAAAACAACACGACAAACGUGAUGUCGAAAUAGAUGGAAAACUGAAGACAAAAGAAACAGAAGACGUAGCCGACGACAAACGUAUGCAUACUAGCCGUCCAAUCAAUUGCCGCAAUUGUGACCAAAAAUUUGCUACAGUUUUGACACUUAGAGCUCAUGUAAAGAAAUGUCACAAAAAUGAAAUAUAUAAAUGUAGUUACAAUGACUGCGAUAAAGAGUGUUUGUAUCCGCAGUCACUCAAUGCUCAUUACUAUUGGUGUCAUAAGGAUUUGACUGACCGGCCGUUUAAGUGCGAUAUCGAUGGUUGCGAUAGAAGUUAUGAUAAGAGUAGUGUACUUCAACAUCACAAACGAACCGUACAUUUGAAUAAAACUGUUCGCCCAAAGAAUUUGAUCUGCGAUUGGGUCGGUUGUGGCAAACAAUUUAGUUAUGAGUUUCAACUAACGGAUCACAAACGAACCAAACAUACCGGUGAGCGGCCAUUCAAAUGCCAACAGUGCGACAACUCGUUUGCCACCACUUCCUAUCUGACUGCUCAUGUGAAGGCCAGUCACGCCGAAAGAAAAUACAAAUGUACUUACGAUGGAUGCGAUAAAGCAUUUUACAAACCGCAUCCAUUGGCCGAACAUCUACUCCGUCAUCAAGGAUUAUAUGAGAAGCCGUUUAAAUGCGAUUCGGUUGGUUGUGGCAAAAGUUUUACACAAAAAGAUGGACUUGAAAAACACAAACGUCGCGAACAUUGGGGUAUAAAAUAUUCGUGCGAUUGGCCCGACUGUGACAAACAGUUUACUAAUAAAUACUAUCUGGUCCGUCAUCAGCACCGACACACAAAUGGCCAGAAGUAUAGGUGUCUGGUUGAUGGAUGCGAUAAAAAGUAUUCAACAAUUGCUGAUCUACAUCAUCACGAAAAAUACUAUCACAUCCGACAGUACCAGUGCUCGUGGCCCGGCUGUGAGGCCAGUUAUUCACAGAAGACACCGUUUACCGAUCAUAUGAAUAGACAUCAGGGCAUUAAGCUAUAUAAAUGUCAUUUUCAGGGAUGCGAUACAAGUUUUUUUAUACAGAAAUCAUUGGAUUAUCAUUUGAAUAAAAAACAUAAUUUUCGUAGAAAUCAAAUGAAAGAUAAAAAGUAAAUAAA